AUGCUGGUCAAUUUUAGAUUAAAAAGUGAUACUAAUCUCUUCGAAAUUGCAAAAUGCAAGACAAUCGUUUCUUCCAUUGAGGUGAGCCUAGAUAGUAAGCAAUUUUCUAUCACCUCACCUGAUUGUAGGAUACGAGUUUUUUGGUUCAAAACUGGUAAAUUAAGGCGAGUUUAUGAUGAAUCGCUUGAGGUGGCCCAAGAUCUUCAGAGAAAUGAUGCUCCCAUGUAUCGACUAGAAGCUAUCGACUUUGGUAGAAGAAUGGCUGUUGAAAAGGAAAUGGAGAAAACUGAAACUGCACCACAACCCAAUGUAGUUUUUGAUGAAAGCUCUAAUUUCCUCAUAUAUGCUACUCUUCUUGAGAUAAAAAUGGUAAAUUUACACACCAACAAAGUUGCUCGAAUACUUGGGAAGGUGGAGAGCAAUGACAGAUUCUUGAGAAUUGCAUUAUAUCAAGAGAUCGAAGCAGCAAGAAAGUAA